CGUCCCUGUCCCCCGCCGCUUCUAUUUCCGGGUGCGGCUUCUGUCAUAAAGCGGAGGCCUCUCUUCCAACGUGGCGUCGUGAGUGUUUCGCGCCCCGCCGGACGGAGGUCCGCGCGCGAGCUCAGGCGCGGGCGUUUGGCAGCCGGCAGCGGGAGCGGGUCCUGGCGUGCCGGGCCCGCGCGGCCACCUCUAACCCCUCCGAGCUUGCUGGCUUUUAAGCUCUCACGAUGGAGACUCCCUGAUCCGCAGCCUCCAGGACCGCAGCUCCCGAGGAGAGCUCCUUCGCCCAUGCCUGUGCCCCGUAGGCAUGCUCUGCCCUUCGAGGCGCAGCAUCUGACAAGUCACCCCCACCGCACACACCACGUCCACCCGCGUCUGCCUUAAUUUCGUUCUUAAUCUCCUUAAUUCGAGACCCCUCCCCCGCUCGGCCUCCAGAAGAGGUCUUUUUUCCCCCGCCCAGUUCUGUAAAAGGAGUUUUGGGCCUCCUGCAGAAAGAUCACCUUUAGGACUGAGCACCUCUUUGGUAACUAAAACAAAUUCAUGCUUACUAAAGGGCUUGUGGGUAAAGCGAAACCCAGUGCACAUAGGAAACUAUGGCUGAGCAUGGGGCUCACAUCACAACUGCUGCUGUGGUGGAUGACCAGCCAUCCAUCUUUGAGGUGGUAGCACAGGACAGUUUAAUGACAGCAGUGAGACCUGCUCUUCAGCAUGUGGUCAAGGUUCUUGCAGAAUCAAAUCCUGCCCACUAUGGCUUCUUUUGGAGGUGGUUUGAUGAAAUCUUCACCCUGCUAGAUCUUCUGCUCCAGCAACAUUACCUGUCUAAAACUAGUGCCUCAUUUUCUGAAAAUUUUUAUGGCUUGAAGCGCAUUGUAAUGGGAGACACACACAAGCUUGAGAGAUUGGCCAGCGCUGGUCUCCCAAAGAAGCAGUUUUGGAAGUCAAUUAUGUUCCUGGUUCUUUUUCCCUACCUGAAAGUGAAGCUGGAGAAGCUGAUUUCUAGCCUGAGAGAAGAGGAUGAAUAUUCUAUCCAUCCCCCUUCUUCCCGCUGGAAACAGUUUUAUAGAGCCUUCCUGGCAGCCUACCCAUUUGUAAACAUGGCAUGGGAAGGCUGUUUUUUUGUACAACAACUUCGAUACAUCCUAGGGAAGGCUCAGCAUCAUUCACCACUGCUGAGGCUGGCUGGAGUUCGGCUAGGUCGACUUACAGUUCAGGACAUACAGGCUCUGGAGCACAAGCCAGCUGAAGCCAGCAUGAUGCAGCAACCAGCCAGGAGUGUUGGUGACAAAAUAAAGUCAUCUCUGAAGAAAGCUCUGGGAGGUGCUGCCUUAACCCUGUCUACUGGCCUUUCUGUGGGAGUAUUCUUUCUGCAGUUCCUUGAAUGGUGGUACUCCUCUGAAAAUCAAGAAACAAUCAAAUCACUGACUGCCCUGCCUACUCCUCCACCACCUGUACACCUAGACUACAAUUCCGAUUCUCCCCUGCUACCCAAAAUGAAGACUGUGUGCCCACUGUGUCGUAAAACCCGGGUGAAUGAUACUGUUCUUGCCACCUCUGGCUAUGUGUUUUGUUAUCGCUGUGUGUUUAAUUAUGUAAGGAGUCACCAAACUUGUCCCAUAACAGGUUAUCCAACAGAAGUACAACAUCUAAUUAAACUGUACUCCCCUGAAAACUGAAAGGAAUCAGCAUUUUGUCUCACAACAAAAUUAUUGCACAUAAGGCUGAAAAAACGAUUUUCAGCACAGUACCUAGCAUUGUUUGAUUCUUCUAAUCCUCAAUUCAUAAUUAUAAGAACUUUACACAAGUAGAGUUGACCCCUGAAUGAUGUGUGUUAAUGGUGCCGAUACCACCCGCCCCCAGUAGAAAAAUUUAUGUGUAACUUUUGACUCUCCCAAAACUUAACUACUAAGCCUACUGUUGACCGGAAGCCUUACCACUAACACAAACAACACAUUUUCUGUUAUGUCAGAUGUAUUAUAUACUGUAUUCUUACAGUAAAGCUAAAGAAAAUAUUAAGAAAAUUUUAACAGAAUAUACAUUUUUAGUACUGUACUAUAAAAAAUCCACAUACAAAUGGACCCACACAGUUCAAAUCUGUGUUCAAGGGUCAACUGUAUGUGGAUUUCUUUAAAAGGAUAUAUCCAUUGAUCUAAACCUUUUAACCUGCUCUCUAGACUCCUAUUUAGAGUUUAGCAAGCUGGUUAGAAUAAGAGAAUCAGGAUUGACAGGGGACAUGAAGGUCAGUGUAGAGGAAGUAGAUGAAAGAGGAUAGUACAGAAGCUUUUCCUUGAAGAGCAAGAGGUAUAGAAGCUCUCAGGAAAAAACCCAAGUUAGACCUCAUAAAGAGGUCUCAUCGCCCCUCAUCACCCGAUGGGGAAGCAGGCCUUUUCUUGAGAAAAGCAUUUAUCUGCCUAUGAGGAAGAGAUUUUAUCAAUGUGCAAACAAUGUGAAAUGUGGACCUACUCUUUAUAGAAAUAAUUAGAAACACUUUAGAAAAACAAAGCACCUUCCAUAUACUGUGAUCCACUUGUUAAGUAGCAUCUGCUAUAGUACAUCAACUUUUAAAUAAGAUUCCUUUAUGAGCCAUACGUAUCUUUUCUUGGGAAACUGGUUAAAGAAAAAUAGCAGUUGAGGGUAAUACCGAGCAGUUUGAAGAUUUCGGUGUGAAAGCAAAACUAAUAAGCAAUCAAGAGAUGACAUAAAAUACUGACUUAACUAUGUGCAAAAGAAUCUUUUAAUAAGGUCUUUCUUCUUGUCGUUAAGAGUUUGCUAAAUGGGCACAAAUUAUUCUGGCUAUUACUAAGUUUCUAUGAAACGCUUAAGUAAAUUUUAAGAAUAAAUGUUUUUGGCAAAGA